UCCGAACCGGGGCUGUUUGUUCUUCUGCAACGUCGGACUAUGGAGCCUCCAAAACCCUCAAAUCCUCUGCUAUCAUUCUCCACCUUCAUCCACCAACACUGCCUUCGACUUGGCGCCGAACUCGCCAGUCGACUCGAUGAUACCAGGCGACUCGCGGGCAACUGGCCGCCUCCGGCGCUGAGGCGUUCGCUUCCGCUCAGUUCUUUGCCGUUUGCGUCGAUGUCGCAAGAGGCUCGUGGGGCUAAACGAGACUUGGGCGUCGCCCUGAGCUCCGACCACGUGGCCAAGAGCCUCGCUGGAACCGCGGUGUACACAGUUAGCAACUCUAACAACGAGUUCGUGCUGAUUUCCGAUCCCAACGGGAUCAAGUCCAUUGGCUUGCUCUGCUUUCGCCAGGAAGACGCGGAAGCGUUUCUCGCUCAAGUUCAGUCGCGGACAAGGGAACUACGAAGUCAGGCUAGGGUUGUUCCCAUUAGUCUUGAUCAGGUUUAUAUGUUGAAGGUUGAAGGAAUUGCAUUCCGAUUUUUACCUGAUCCUGUUCAAAUAAAGAAUGCCUUGGAGCUGAAAGCUGCAGAUAUCAAGAGUGGGUUUGAUGGGGUUCCUGUUUUUCAGUCAGACCUGCUGGUUGUGAAGAAGAAAAACAGACGGUACUGCCCAAUAUACUUCCAAAAGGAAGACAUAGUAAAGGAACUCUCAAAGGUCUCAAGAUCAUCAAGAGGACCUGGUGUCACCCAACAUAUCAUGGUAGGAAGUUUGGAAGAUGUCCUAAGAAAAAUGGAGACUAGUGAGAAGAACUCGGGCUGGGAAGACCUGAUUUUCAUUCCACCUGGUAAAAGCCACUCUCAACAUAUUCAAGAAGUGACAAAAAGAUGAUAUAUUGGAUAUGCAAUAUCCACUGACCAUCCCAUUGCAUGUUUGGAUGUUUCUACAAAAGGUAACAACCUGGAGUGGCUCAAAGAUACAAAGUCGGGGCAGUCUUUAGCUAAAAGGAGGAACUUUAAUAGGAGAAUGAAACAGCUAACAAGUGAUUCAAUAGGAAGGGUCAGUGCAAAUGCCUAUGUUGGGAUAUCCAUGGGACCCUGAUAUACUUUUGUGUAGAGAUUCAUCAUUUUUCAUACAAUCUGUUCUUUUAAAGGGUACUUUAAAGAUUAAUCAGCUUAUAAAAAUAGCAACAGCCUAUGCCCGCAUAAAUGAUAUACUCUACUUAUGUGGCAAGCCCGAUCCAAGAUAAUGAUUUUGGGCAGCAGAGUUGAUUCUA